AUGUGCAUUAAAGUUGGUCGAGUCUGCGAAUAUAAAGAGACCCCUGACCGGCGGACGCGUGGCGCGCGAACCCUGACACCCGAUGCUAUUGCACCAAGGCUCGUCGAUCCAAGUCAAGCUGAUCUGACGCCCGCGGAGCGUCACUAUCUUCAACUUUUCCGCGUUGCAACGUCUGGCCAGUGCGCUGGGAAUAUUGUUGAUGAGUUUUGGCAACGACUCAUUCACCGGGUGAGUGAGGCAGAACCCGCUGUGCAGCAUGCAGCAAUUGCCAUCAGUGCGAUCCAUGGGCACUUUUUGCGCGACCCAAGUGUUUCUUCGUCAUCUUCGUCCCAGUCAUCCGCGUCAUACUCUUUGACAAAGCCCGCGUCGCCAAAGUCUGGGCCUGAAUCAUAUUUACUACUUGAUGUCGAUUUCUCGUUCCCUAUUCAGCAAUGUAACAAGGCCAUCAUCUCUCUUCGAGAAAACCUCACAAAAGUUGGUGCACAUGUGACUAGCAGUGCGCAUCGCGAGGCCGUGCUUGUUACAUGUGCCGCAUUAGUGACUCUUGCUCUCUUCCAAGAGGAUGUCAAAGCCGUCAUGAAGCACCUCGUAUCAGGUCACCGGCUGCUCCUGGAGUGGCAAAAGGACGAUUAUAACGGGAACUCGUCCGGACCCAUCCUUAUGCGCGUAUUCGAAGACUUGCAGCUUCAUCGAAUGACAUUCUCGAGUCGCAAAACCAGUAUAGGCCAAGCACACAUACCCAUUUGGCAGAAUUUCACGAAAGCCUGCGAGUCAUACUCGCGCGGGUAUGCGGAAAAGGGAACUGCAAGUGAGCUUCUGGUAAUUCUUUCCUCGAUGGUUUCAGCAAAUUUGCCGCGCAAACUCCACAACGGGAAAAUGUCGAAACUAAAUCCCUUGGUUGAUACCGCUACCGAGAUACUAGCUGGAUCCAAGGAUUUUGUACCGGAUACAGCAAUGGGGAGACUGCUUAUUUGGAGGAUCCAGCUGGAUAACUUUGUUUUGGCUACUGAAGGCCAACUCUCGGCAGCAGAACUCACUCCGCUGAUACUCAUUGAGAUAUGGACGGAGUUCAUUUAUCUCAUGGCUAUCUACGCCAACAGCCAUCAAGACGAGAUGCUUUAUGAUGCUUAUCUUCCUAACUUCCAACGAAUCAAUAAAUUGUCGGCACUCUUUCUAAAAGCAGAACACCAAACUGGGAUGUUCUGCGCCAAAGUUAUGUUUUUGCCGCCAGUUUAUUUCUGCGCGCAUAGGUGUCGUGACUGGUACACUCGCCGGGAAUCAUUGCGCCUCAUUUCCUCUUCACGUCGGCGAGAAGGCUUCUGGGCUUCUGCCGGAGCCAGUGCUGUCUUGUCAUACUUCAUAGACGUCGAGUCCACCGGCCUGGGUCCUGAUGAUAUAAUUCCAAUACAUUCCCGCAUCGACAUGAUGUUUGUUUACCCCACGACUGACAAAUUGAAGGGCAGUGUGUGGUAUCAUCGACCUGCGAGCCCCGAGGAAAUCGCGGGUGGUGCUGAUAAUCAUGGCAUAUGGACAAAGAUGGAGUUCCCAACUUGGUAG